CCUGCUCUUGCGCAUGCAGCUUUGGUUGUGGUGCUUCAAAGGGGAGGACAGCAGUAGCUAUUCUCGGACUACCGUUGACUGCGGUGAAUGAUUAUCUGGAACAAAAAUGCACUUCUACAGUUAAGCGAAGAGAUUCAACUAAAGCAUUUAGAUUACUCACGUUAGCUAGCUUUCUAUAUGUCUAACAUGUUAGCUAAGACAUAGGUGGUCAUCCGCUAGUAUGCUUGAGUAACUGCGUGAGCGUCACAGAUGAGUGAGGACGUGGUGCACAAGAGCGUGAAAUAACUGGACAUCUCGGAUCGUUGUAAGGCCAGUUUGGGCGACUUUGACCCCAAGGGCUCCUUGGCGGUAUUCAUAUCUCCAUUUAAAAGGAUGUUACACAUCAACAUUUUCACGUUUGAGAGCGGCUUCAGGACGUUCCUUUCUAUAUAGCAUAUCGUAAUUGUUUCGAUAUUUAUAAUAAAGCAUUGUCCACAUUGAUUAAGUAAAAGCAAUGAUGACAGGUCGUUAUUUUUUGUAAAUAUUCGGCCAGGUCCUAGAUAUUCGAUUCGAUGAACAGUAACUACAUGAAUGCCUUGUCGUAUAAUUAGGGCAAAUAGAUUUCUUGUUAAUUAGUCUGAUAGCCAACAAGUAAACAUUUGAUGGGAGCAAUUAAAGCAAUGAAAAUGUAGUAUUUUGACUGGAAUUGAGAGGGACGAAAUGUGCGCAUGAGAUAUGGCUACGAUGUAGCUGCAUUGGCUGAUAAUUAACCCUCCACACUCUGGCCUGCCGAAACGUGCCCUUUCCAUGAACAUGCCAUCACAGAGAGUUAUAGGACGUUGUGAUACCGCCUAAUGCACACGGCAGUGAUGAUGUUUGAGGACAUCGGUUGGAUACUGCUGGUCGCUGUUUUCCUUGUGUCCGUGCUGACGGUGCUCUUGUGGCUGGUACAAAACAGUGUUGGGGGGCGGAGUGCUGCCUCGUGGGCGCUGCCAGGGAGUCUGAAACCCCAUAACCUGGCGCGUGGCGUGUGGGGCUCCUUACAGAAGCUGCGACUCGGAAGGAAUGCGGGAGUUGGGGACCCCGGGAUGAGCGCAGCCGGAGCCAAGAGCUUGCUGUCCUCCCUUUUCUCCUUCCGGUCUUUCAGAGAAAACUGUCAGCAAGCCUGGAUCAGAGCUCUCAACGACCAAGCGUGUCGUCACGGGUGCUCAAUACAGAUCACGUUUGAGGACAAUCUGCAACUCUCCUCAUCCGCCUCCAUCGAUCAGGUGACCUGCAUGGACCAAUCAGCAUGCACUAUGGUGUUGCAGUGCAAUUGUGAAGUUGACACAGUAACAUUCCCAGUGACUGUCACUGAGCAAUCACCAGCAGCGGUAUCCGUGGAUGCAUACCAAGUCACUAUAGCACCAGCACAGGUUCAGCUGAUGGUGUCUCUGGAGGAAGUGGAGGAAGAGGGUCUUCUGGUGUCCUGGUCUUUUUCCCAGCAGCCACUGCUCUCUCUGGCCGUGUCUCCCUGCAGAGCACAGCAAGAGGGAUGUGAGGAAAAGGUGGAUGUCAACAUGAUCAGGGACCUGGUGGAGAAUGCCAUUGUCAGCACUCACCCUGCCAUGAUGGUUCACCUGAAAGCCUGUGAAAGCUCUGCAUCUCCAGCAAAGGGGCAAAAUCAGGGGCGGAGCUCUCCUUCACCGGACACCCCUCUGCAACGGAUUAUAGUCUGUCAACUCAGAGUGACAGGACUCAGAGGAGGGGGGGCCCAGUUGCUUCAGCUUCGAGAGCUCUGCUGUGCCCUUGAUUUGGACCCACCAACCCAGAAGGCAAGGAGUGCCUUCCUGCCUGUCCCUGCCAGACCAGGGGCGGAGCUGGAGUGGAACGAGGAUUUGGCUUUGGAUCUGGAUGCAGACACCAAGGGGCUGGAGGUUCGGCUGGUGGAGAGAAACAGCAUGGGGGAAAAGUUCUUGCCAGGCCACGCCUCCAUACCACUAGAUUUAUCACGGAGAACUCCCGCUGGACAACAGGUCCUGUCAGUCAGCACAGGUUCAGGGCCCACUGCCACUGUCAUCCUGGAGCUGGUGUUCCUGGAGCCGGGCAAUGCGCACAGCAGUCACUGUCACACUCAGCCCUGUGCUUCGCCCAACCCUACGCAGGAGGCUGAGACAGAAAACAACCCAAUGACCAACAGCAAGAUGGUCUUCAUGGCUCCCACUGCACAGACGCAACCUUUUCCUGACUGCAAACCAAGUACGGAUUCUGCCUCCUGUUCUCCUCACAAAGUGAGGCAAGCAGAAAUAGCAGGGCUCAGGGAGCCCUGUGCAAACUCCAGUCCCACCAGCAGCUUGAAGGUCCUCCUCUCAAAUGGCCUGGACCCUAUGGAUGACACCGCGAUUAGACACCUAAUUAUGAAGCAGAUGUCCUCAAAAAGGGGUGCAGACACUGGCCUGCAGGGGGAGCACUCCCUGCAGGGAAAUAACAGUGAUGGGUCCAGCUCCCAGAGGGUCAUUUGGCAGGACUGUGAUGAGGCAGCUCGCUCCAGUAAUUCUGAGCGUCCUUCCACUGAUGACCUGGAGUCUGAGAGCGGCUCCACCGGGGCUUUGGAGACACGCAGUCUCAAGGACCACAAAGUUGGUUUCCUGCACAGUGGCACCAAGCUCCUGUUCCGUAGAAGAGCACAGCAGAAGGACCCAUGCCUCAGCCGGUCCCACGAGGACGUCUCCAACCUGGGCCACAGCUCUGUCACCCGCAAGAAGUCUGGCAGCUUCUCCCAACGCCUAAUCAAGCGCUUUUCCUUUCACUCCAGAUCUAAGAACAAGGCCAGUGCUAACACUAAUGGAGCACCAGCCACCACUGAUGACUAAGAACUGGGUGGGGGGAGAGGGAGGGGUGUCCCUCUGCAUCCUCAAAUGCCAUGACCCUGAACCUCAAGCGUGUAAUUGUGUGAACUGAGGGAUAAAAUUCAAAGUCAGAUGUGAAGAUAACUUUUCUGGAGCAGGUUUCCAAAGAGUGACUGUUACAUUGAAACAGCAAAAAACAUUCACAGCAACCAACAAACAAGGCACUCCGAUUCACGGGAAUGACAUGCAGUUACAUAUGUCAAUAAGGGAACAUGGAGAGGGCAGCACGAAAAAAAGCACAAAAAGAACAGCAAAUGUUUUAAUGUUCUUUGCAGGAUCCUUUAUUUAUACUGUAUUAUGUUUAAUGUAGUAUUUUAAAAAACCCUAUAUCCAGAUUGAGGGUAUAUAUUGCAACUGUAUAUAAGGCAUAGGAAUAGUUUUCUUUCCUUUUCAUUUCCUUCUCAUUACCCCUACUCCAACCAACAAAGGUUUUGGUGUGCCAGUCUUUGGCACAAAUCGGUGCGGUUUGUGACUGUACUAGACCUGCUAUACUACUCAUUGAGCCCAAGAGUCUGGGGACCAGGGGCAGAUGAGGGUAUUGUGGCAUGCCAGAAUAUUCCGGUAGACUAGAGAGAACUACACACCCAUGUACGGGAGUAAUAAUCUCAUUUUUUUCUAUCUAUAUUGCCUGAAAUUCACUUAUUUAUUUAUUUAUUUAUUUAUUUAGUCAUUCAAAUUAUGUGGCUUUUUGUGAAAAAAGUCUAAUUUUCUCUUUAGUACAGUACUGCUAAUAACAAGCAUUUUUUCUUGAAAUGUUAUGUAGGUUAAGUUAAUAACAAGUACAAUUUAGUUGUUAAGCAGAUGGAUUUAGACAAAGCAAUUUACAAAAGUGCAUUUCACAUGGUAAUUUAAGUACACAUGUUAAAUCUUUUCUUUUGAAUUAGUGUGGCUAAAGUCUCAGAGUCUUCAUUGUUAAAUUACAGUGGUUGUUUUCUCUAAUUUUCUUUAUUAAUGAACAUUAAAACAAACAUCAUAUCAGUGUA